GCUCGUGCUCCCUCUGACGAAGGCAGCCAGUCCAAACUCCCCCACGACACCGCCUCCCAAGAACAACAACAUCAACACGACAUUGAGCAUCCCACUCCCAAAGUCGAGCAACACCCGAUCGAAGGAGCCUGGAUCUUGCCCCGCAACCUCUGGAUCAUCGCACGCUACAAGACGCUCCCCUUCAUCGUCAAGAUCUUUACCCACGGCACAUCUGUCGACGUACACGCCUUGCAGUCGCACGAAAAGGAGAGUGGCGAGGGGAGCCGUAUGCAGGCCAUGCAUGCCCGUGCGAAACAGUAUGAUAACAAGGUCGAGCACUUGUAUUCGUUCGUUCAAGUUAUGACGGCGUGCACUGCUAGUUUUGCCCAUGGGUCGAAUGAUGUGGCGAAUGCUAUUGGACCGUACUCGGCCAUUUACUCUGUGUGGAAGACUGGAAAGGUCGUUGGAAAGGAGAGUGAGGUUCCCGUCUGGAUUUUGGAGGAGGGAGAAAAUGAGAUACUGAUGAUUUGGUUAGAUGGCUAUAAUAUCAUGCGUGUGUUGGGCAAUCGACUUACCCUCCAAUCGCCUUCUCGUGGAUACUCUAUGGAGUUGGGAUCGGCCAUUACUGUCAUUCUCGCUUCUCAGUAUGGUAUCCCCGUCUCGACUACCAUGUGCAUCACCGGCGCCACUCUGGGUGUUGGCUUGUGCAACGGCGAUC